GCCCACAAAAGGCGGGGGCAGCGGCGGGCGGUCGGCGCAGCCGGUAGCGGCAGCGGCUCGGUGUCCGUGUCCGGGCGGCAGCAGCAUGGAGCCGGGCUGGCUGCUGUGGGGAGCGGCGGUGCUGCUGCUGCUGCACGUCCUGGCGGGACUCAGCCCCGCCGUCAACUUCGUGCUGCGGAUCGGUUUCUACUACGUGCUGUGCAUCGUGUGCUCGGCGUUCACGGCGGUCGUCUGCCUCCUGGUCAACGGCGGCCGCACGGUCAAGAACAUGCGAAUCAUCAAAAAUGUGGUCAAGACCUUCAAGUAUUUCUUCGGCCUGAGGUUUGAGGUGAAGGGACUGGAGAACUUUGAAGUGGAGGGCCCUGCUAUCAUUGUGUCCAACCACCAGAGCAUGCUCGACAUGAUGGGGAUGAUGGAGAUCCUGCCUGACAACUGUGUCCAGGUGGGCAAGAAGGAGCUGAUGUACGCCGGUUCAGUGGGCCUCAUCACCUACCUCGGCGGUGUCAUCUUCAUCAACAGGAAGAGCACCAGCAGCGCCAAGAUGGUGAUGGCAGAGGUGGCCAAGACUAUGACAGCUGAGAAUGUGAAGGUGUGGGUGUACCCAGAGGGCACGAGGAACUGCACAGGGGAUUUGCUGCCAUUCAAGAAAGGAGCGUUUCACCUUGCUGUCCAGGCACAGGUCCCAGUGAUCCCUGUGGUUUAUUCCUCCUUCACCACCUUCUAUAACCCAAAGAAGAAUCUAUUUACAUCAGGAAAAAUCAAGGUUGAGGUUCUGCCUCCAAUAGAGACCAAAGGCCUGACAUCAGAUGAUGUUUCUGACCUCACUGACAGAUGCUUCCGCACCAUGAGGGAGACCCUCUUCAGGCUGUCGGGUCGGCCAAGCGAGGCGAAGGACUCAUCCUAGAUGUGUUUGUGGUGGCGUCACCGUAUGGUGGUGACCAAAGGGACCUGUCCGUUGCCAAAUACUGAAGGAACUUCUCUCCUCUGCAGCAGCUUCUAACUCUGGGAACACCAUGGACUGGCACACACGGGGUGUCGAGCCAGCGCUGAGGUGCCCCUGUUGAGUGGAUUUCUCUUACGGGUUCAUUAUCUCGCAAUGAAACGUCUCCUUUUUCUGAAUUUCUCAGGCAUCAAACUUGUGCUACCAAAGGGCUCAAUGACCGGAGAGAUAAGUCCCCCCAGCUCGGGCAGCUGGCGUGGGGUGACAAUGAAAACCUGGCUGGAUGCUGGGCUCUGCCUGUGUGUUCCUGCAGACUCUGCUAGUGCUGGCCUGUCCCCGUGCCGUCCCUGAUGAAACCACCAGGCAGCUGUUUCUAUCUGCACAACCUUGAUGCUGGCCUGUCCCUGUGCCGUCCCUGAUGAAACCACCAGGCAGCUGUUUCUAUCUGCACAACCGUGAUGCUGCUCAAAUGGGGCUGGGUAUCGGGUGGAAAUCCGGACUCUGGCUAUUUGACAGCACUGGGAGCUCGCUGUCCUCGCUGGGCAGCCCGGAGCGCUGCCGUCCGGCACUGUGGAGCUCCCAGGACACAUCCUUGGGUCACAGCAGCAUCUUGUGCUGGGGCUUUGUGUUGCCCAGGCACUUCUGAGCUGAGUCUUUCACUUCUGAAGAAAGCACCUGGGGCAAAUAACCUCAGCUGGGCUGCAGAGGGGAAUGUGUGGGGCAAGUCAGCCCUAUAGUGUGUUUUUGGGCUGGUUUGCCUGGUUGGAACAAGUGCCCUUGGCCACUGAGGGGUGCAGCAGUGGAGAGGGGAGCUGCAGUCUGACCCAAGCCAGUUUAUGUAGUCUGGGCAGGUUUUAGUUGAAUGCUGUCCAGCCUUGCCAGUUCAGUAGUCUUCUGAAUGAAACCCCAUGCUUUUUUCUACCAUUCAGACCCUACCAGCUUGAUUUGAAAACUGCAUAGAUCUGUUAGAGUCCUGGGCCAGCCUGUCCCCACGUAUGACCUGUUGGUGGCACACCUGGACACCGUGUGUGACAUGCACCUGGGGUGGCUCAGAGCUUCUUCGGUGGUGGGGACCUGCUGUGGCUUGUCCUUGUCACAGCAGUGCCUGCAGGAUUUGUUGCAGAUGCAAAGGGCUCUGUCACGCUUGUUUUGCCACUUGUCAUGGUCAGCAGUGGCCGAAAGAUGGUGCCUGUCCCGCGUGUCUGUGCAAAUCUCCGGCGAGCCACUGCUUUGCAAGGCUUAUGAAACUGCAGAGCUGCAGGGGGGGUGAGCUGCGGCCGUAGCGGGUCUUGGAAGGUUUCAGCUCUCCCUUUGGGGGAAACAGGCUCAUUCUCCAUUCAGAUAAAGGUGUUUCCCUGGUGCUUUGGGGUGACAGACCAGCAGGGCUCCUGGAUCUCUUGCUGUGAGCUGCCAAAUUGUUGGUGACUUCUGCAAAGAGCGAGGCUGGGCAGGCCCCGGGGGGUGACCUUCACCUCGAACUCGGGUUCAGGGAGGCUUCAGCUCUCCUGUUCAUGGUGCAGGGUGUAGAACCAUGAGAUAAUCCACCUGCGGCUACUCAGGUAACCAACACAGAGGCAUUUGCAGCCUGUCUGGGGCUGUGUUAGUGGAAUCGUGCUUGUGUGGCAUUUUGGGGUAAAAGCCUCAGCUGGGAAAGGUGGGGGAUUCCAGUACAGCCAGUGGUCCCUGAGGGACGGAGCCCUCUGGCUGAGCUGCUGCUGGCAGGGGCUGUAUCAGAGGGGCCUUACAGUACAGACUCAGGGGUCAGACCCACCGUGGGAUGGGUCGGGAGGAGGAGGGUGGAAACUGGACCAGCACUUUGUAAGAGCAGCAGAUAAAGGACAUGGAGGUUAAACCCAGGAGGACUCCUGGAGGGCAUAACCACAUCCAUGGAGUGACACCUGCAGCAUCCUUCCCUUGGAGGAGGGAGCGGUGCCUCCGUGUGCUCUUAUCUGCUGCUCGCUUUUAAUUGGGUCGAGAAUCAUGUUAUGUGCAAAAAAAGAAAGAAAAAAAAGAAGUACACCUUUGGUUAUUUAAGUAAA